AAAAAAAACCAUGGAAAACAGUAAUAACGUAGUGUCAAUUCAAAAAGCCGCGACAAAACCUCAUAAUACUUGUGGUUUUUCCCAAAAAACCGGGAGAAAUAAUACCAUCUAGUACUGGUUUUCCUGGUUUGUCGCAUAUACCGUGUGAUGAUAGCUUUAAGGGUGUUCUGAUGUAUCAUCAGGAGACCCUGUUGCUAUGCGAGUCACGUCGUCUUUUUCUAUUGAUUUUUUUACGCCUCGUUUACUAUUUUUCUUUUCCUGCAGAUUGUUCUGGUGGCACUCAUUUGAAUCACUGACUAUUUUUCUCUUCGCUGUAGCUCUUUUUCUCCGUGACUAGCUAACCGAUGACACUAUGCGCAUCUUUGAGCUACCUACCGAAUUGCUGUCACUCAUUCUGACGUUUCUCGAUCAGAGUGAUUGUUAUGCUUGCGCUCUCGUAAGCAAGCAAUUUUAUGCAGCCAGUAUUCCUGUGCUGUGGCGAGCCCCGGUGCUUCAUCACAGUGCCCUGGCUCAGUUUUUCCAUUGUCUCGAACAAGCGCAACCUAAGCUCGGCACUUUUGUUCGUCUCUUCCGAAUUGACUCGCCCUAUGUUUUGGACGACCGCACUUGCUUACUUCUUUUGCGCAGCGUGCCCAAUCUGGAAACCUUGCUCAUUUACGAGUCGCAGGACUUGACCGACAAAAGUCUCAGCCAACUGUCCCGUUAUUGUCCGCAGCUGGAGGAACUUUACUUGGACGGCGUCAAUAUCAGUUACCGAUCCAUUCAUCAUCUGAGCCUUUGCCGCCAUUUGCGUAAACUGACGCUUCAGUCAUGCCCAAAUCUAUUGCCCAUCACCCUUUUUCCUCUCGCCAACUGUCCCAUCGAAUACCUCGACAUUGCCAGUUCCCGCUGGCUGGACGCUGAAAAUACGGCUUUUGACCUACGUUCGUUUCAUCAUCUUACGCACCUUGACGUGGUCUGCUGUCGAAGUGUCUGCAGCCGAUUUUUACACCAUAUUUCCACGCCGCAUGAGGAUGGGACUAUGCCGCUGGCCAAUUUACGCUACUUUUCAGUAGGCGGUAGCGAUGAUAUCGAUGACGAGGCUUUGAUCACCUUUGUUCAGUCCCACGCACGCCUGGAACAACUCACUAUUCUGAUGUGCGCCGUCACCGAUCUAUCUCUCGGUGCCAUUCAACGUCUAUCCAACCUUCGCCAUCUCGAUAUAUCCUACUGUGUCGGUGUCACGGCCAAUGGCGUGCGACAAGUGGUGCACGCUUGCCCUUUGCUUGAAAUGAUCGGCCUAAAAAAUACCGGAAUCCUGAAAACCGAUUUUCCCGAAGUCGAUUUCAGUCAACAACAGCCGUGGUCCAUGGGUCCAUUGAUUGAUCGAUUAGAAAUUGAACAAGUCGAAUCAGUUCGCGUGGCAUCCAUCCCAUGGCUUACACAACCCCAACCUGUGUCUGCGCUGUCUUCUCCUCCUCCUCUUCACCCACCCACUGCGGCAGACGAACCGGAAGGCGUCAUGGCCAAUUUCAUUACCGAGAACUUCCAGUAUAUCCAAGACUAUCUGGAUGCAGUGGCGCCUUCCUCUUAAGAAAAUACCUUCAUCUUUCUACUCUUUUUUCGCUGUGGAUCAUUUCUGACAAGCCCAUCUUUUUUUUUUUUUUUUCCCUUU